CGCGUCCUGUCCGGAGUGGUGCGCGCCCAGACCAGGGAUGUACAUGCAGGUGGAGUCCCGCACCAGCUCCUGCCUCCAUCUGAAGAGGGCUCCAGGCAUCAGGUCCUGGUCUUUGCUUGUUGGAAUCUUAUCGAUUGGCCUGGCUGCUGCCUACUACAGUGGAGAUAGUUUGGGCUGGAAGCUCUUCUAUGUGACAGGCUGCCUGUUCGUAGCCGUGCAGAACCUGGAGGACUGGGAGGAAGCGGUCUUCAACAAGAACACCGGGCAGGUUGUCCUGAAGACAUUCAGCUUGUAUAGGAAGCUGCUGACUCUUCUCAGAGCCGGCCACGACCAAGUGGUGGUCCUGCUGAAUGACAUCCGGGAUGUGAACGUGGAGGAGGAGAAAGUCCGGUAUUUUGGGAAGGGCUAUGUGGUGGUAUUGCGGUUUGCAACAGGCUUCUCCCACCCCCUCACACAGAGCGCAGUCAUGGGCCACCGAAGUGAUGUGGAAGCCGUCGCCAAGCUUAUUGCCGCCUUCCUGGAUCUGCACCGCCUGGAGAGUCCCGUGGAGCUGUCUCAGAGCAGUGACAGCGAGGCUGAUGGCCCGGAGAGCCAGAGCUAAUGCCCGGAGAGCCCCUGGCCUUGGUUCCAUGGGCCACUGGCAAGCCUUCCUCCAGCGCCCGGCUGUGUCUGGCCCCAGGGUGGGACCCUCUGCCAUUCCUGCUGUUUGCUUCUGCCCUCUGAGCAAAACCACAGGA